GUUUUCAGUCGGCGUCGCGCAGCAAUGCGUAAUGCAGGAACGAGCUAGAUGGAGAAAGCGUCGAGGUGGUGUUGCAAAUGUGAAUUAUGAUGGUGGAAGAGGAAUAAAACAAAUAUUAAGGACUUAUAGAUUUCUAUCAUUAACUUCCAGUCUUUUAGCAGUGUCAGCCAUGACUGUUGGAUUAUGUACUGUACACUGGCAACGAGUAUUCAUUGACCAAGACUACUUGAACUUUUCUACAGCUUGGACCAUGACUGAAGGCGAAUGUUUUUUUACUUUUAAUAAUUCGAGAGAGAGAUCAAUUUAUCAUGUAGCUUCCCCUAUCGACGCCGGGCUUUGGGAAACCUGCGAUCGUCUAGACGAUAAUGUUCGAACAUUACUUUCAAAAAGUGGUCAAGUGGCUUCCAAAUGUCGUUCCUAUCAUCACAUUGAGACAUCACAGCUUCAACUGAGCGAUGAGUUAGAUAUUGUGAUGGGCGUCACCAGAUCGGCUAGCGCGUGCGCAAUUGUAGCAACGGUAACAUUAAUUGUAGGCCUUCUCCUUGGAACUUUUGCAGCGAUAAAACAACAAAUAAUUUUUGCCACAAUAUCUGGAGUAUGUUUCUUUGCCGCUGCUAUAUACGUCCUCUUCACACUUAUACUCGUCCAACUACGUUCGUCCAGAUUGAAGACUGCAGAAGGGCAACUUAUGAGGCCAAUGCCCGAUUUCGUUAACGAUUCAUUAAGGGUUGCUGGUUCAGUUAAUGUAGGCCUAGCCUGUGUCGCACUUGUAGCUAGUUGUUUGGCAGGUGCCGCUUGGAUUUUAUUUUCAUUACAUUUAAAAAAGACAAGAAGUAACUAUAUGUACUCGACAAAUUAUGAUCAAAUAUGUAGCAUGUAGAGAAGUUGUUUUCAUUUUAACAUAAUUCUAUAAUUUCGUAUUACAUAUUACUUGUAUAUUUUAAAAAAAUUCGAUACACAUAAUUUUUAUGUCACCUUAAUUUACUCACGACUUAAUGCUUUUAUUUGUUUUGUUAGUAAAAAG